AUGAAAUUCGUACUAUUACUUUGCAUCCUUAGCGCUUUGCUGCUACAAAUUCAAGCCUCUCCCGUUCAGCUUGCCGAGCGUCAAGAGCGUGCCAUUGCGAGACAACAAGCCGUCAACGAUGUAGCACCUGCGGUAGCGCCUGCCGACGAAGAUGAUGAAGAUGACGACGACGAUGAUGAUGACGAUGAUGAGCCCGAUCUAGGCGAUCUUGUGGACGAUGACGAUGGUAAGCGAAAUAAGCAACAAAAGCAAAUUUUCACAAAUCUAUUACCAACACACCUAUCCUAUAAACUCAUCAAUAUGUAUCUAGGAAACCUGAAGAACAACAUUAUCGAAAUGACGAACGACGCCUUCCAGGAGCGACACAAUCAAUUCAUCGAUUCGAUAUUCUCGCGCAUCAAUCGGAUUGUGGCCAACAAUUACGAUCCCUUUGUAGUGCGCUUGCAUGCCAGAUCGGCGACCAAGAAAGUGACAACAGCAGGCAGCACAGCGGGAGGGCAUACGACCGGGUCAACAAAAGCCAAACCAGCAAAAUCGGCAACAAAAACUAAAUUAAAAAAUACUAAAUCAGAGCCACGCUCUCUGGAUGAAGAGCCACGCCGCAUGGAAAUGAGUGAUGCCAAGACCCAAAGCAAAUUACAGGAACAACUGCAACAGUUACAAUUACAACAGGAGCAAAGCAUCAAAGCAGUGGCUGCUGAAAAAAUGUCGACUGUCGGUGAUGCUAAAUUACCGGCAAAUACCGGCGACGCCCUCAACACGGCCGCCAAUUCACCGGAAAUGCGCACCGUAUUAAAUGGGGACGCUAAUAGGGCUGAGAGUCAAAAGAAAACUUCAAACAAAGCGCACAAGACACAUACCAAAAAAAAUCAUUCCACUACCAGCAAUGCCCACAACAACAACAACAACAGCGCAGGUUCAAAACUAAAACAGAACACGAAAAGUAGCGGCAAUAACAACAACGUCGCAAUUGGCAAGGAAGUUGAAAAGCUGCAAAAAGCUGAAGGCAGCCUCUCUGGGCUGGCUUCAUUGAAGCGUGUCGGCAAUGUGAAAGUGGUCGCCGAUCCGGAAGGCUCCAACUCAACCAUAAAGGCCAAAUUCACUUUGGGCCCAUUGACUUUGCGCGUGGAAAAGUCAUUCAAACGCGGUAGCGUGCAUAGUGUGAAAAGCGCUACAGCGCGUACAAACGAGAUGAUUGGGCGCAUCAAAUUUAGUGUUGUCAACGAUCGCGCCACAUUGAUGUCCAUUAAGGUGCAGCAGCCGAAACAGGUGGAGGUCGAGAGCAAGGACAAUCAUGACCGCACACGUGAAUUUGUCUGGCGGCGCACACCGAAAAUUGCUAAACUAGUUAAUGAGAAAUUGAAAUUAGCUGCGGAAUCGCUGUUUACAACCCAAGGUGUUGAAGUGGUGAGGCUGUAAAACUUCGCCGCAAACUGCUUAUUUAGUUAAAUUUAUAUAUACAAGAAUUUUAUGCAUAUGCGUGUUUUGGUGGAAUGUGUAAGGACCGAUGUCCAUAAAAUAAAUUAAUGGAUUUUAAUUGCAAAAACCUGACCAUAAUGACAAAUAUUUGCAAAAGAGAUUUCACGCAGAUGUAUUAGUAUUUACCUAAAUUAGUUUUAUAAAAUAUUUAAUUACAAAAAGGUGUUUACUUAUCCAUUCGUAUUUACUUUUAAUUGCUUCGACAGGUCAGAAUGCUACAAAAACUAUUUUAUUUAUUUAUUUAGGGUAAAUUAAC